AUGCCGCCACACCGCAAGCGUGCCCGCGACGAGGGGCUGCCACGCCACGCACGCGAGAGUGACGAAGAGCCUGAGGAGGCGGAAGAAGAACUCGGCGAGGACCUCUUUGGCGAAAACUACGAGCAGGACUACCUUCACCCCGAUGAGGAGAGCGAGGUUGCCGAGGAUGACGUGGCGGAUGAGGACUGGAUCGACGAUGACACGGACGUCUCCGUCAUAUCAGACUCCGGGCGUGCAGCGGUGGACGCUUUGCUGGACAGACGCAAGGAAAUGGAGCAGAGACUUCGCGAGGAGCAGCGGCAACUGCAGGAGGGAGUGUUUAGUGAUGUGGACGAUGAAGAGUCCCUGAUCAGCGCGGAUGAUGAUUACUACGAUGGUACAAAUGCUGGAGAGGACGCUGGGAAAAAUGGAGCUGGGGGAAAUGACGAUAACGGCGACGACAACAUGAAUGAAGGGGGUGCUGAUGGAGUUGUGGGAAAUUCAAAAGACGAUGGCGUUUAUGUUCGCGGCGAAUUGGAGUCAAUGGACUUUGACUGGCGUCAACCACAGUGCGAUUUGGUCGAGUGGCUUGCGCAGGAGCUCCCCCGACGUGUUGUAAAGAACCGCAUCUACAAUUUCUACCUAAACUAUGUUGAGCACGGUGUAAGCGUGUACGAACAGAAGGUGAACCUUAUGACGCGUGAAAACGAACAGAGUUUUCAACUAAGUUACAGUCACUUGAGCCGUGCCUAUGACUCUGUGCUGGCGUUGUGGUUGGUUGACGUUCCAGAUAUUAUGAUUGAGUUGCUAGAGGACGCAGCAAACUACUUCGUAUUUAGGCUAUUUCCACACUACCGCAAGGUACAUCGAUGCAUUUUAGUUCGAAUUUGCGAUUUACCGCUGUGUGAUCCUAUCCGAGACUUUCGUCAGAUCCACAUGAACGUUCUGGUGCGUGUAGAGGGAGUAGUUAUCCGCCGCUCCCCUGUUUACCCACAAAUGCAGGCUGUUCGUUACGACUGUGUGCGCUGUAGCUAUAUAAUUGGACCGAUUUACCAGCGUGGUGACAAGGAGCAACGGGUGAGUAUGUGCCCAAGUUGCCACAGCAAGGGUCCUUUCCGCGUCAAUAUGACUCUCACAGAGUACCGUAACCACCAGACCAUUGUGCUCCAGGAGUCACCAGGGAAGGUACCACCCGGCCGUCUCCCACGGAGUUUGGAAGUUGUACUUACGAAUGACCUCAUUGACCGCGCGAACCCAGGCGAGGAGGUGGACGUGACGGGCAUCUAUCGCAAUAACUUCGAUCCUUUGUUGAACAGCCGCCAAGGGUUUCCUGUAUUCACAACGGUGCUACACGCUAACAACGUGGUGCGCCGCAGUGCAGAGGUCGGCAGCUUCCGGCUUCCAGAUGACGAGCGGGCCCGCAUUAUGGAUCUUUCGAAGCACCCGAACUUGCGACGGAAAAUCCUCCGCUCCAUUGCGCCCAGCAUCCACGGGCGCGAUGACAUCAAGCUGGGACUUCUUCUCGCUAUGCUCGGUGGUGUGCCGAAGGAUGUGGGCGGGGACCAGUCGCACCGUAUUCGUGGAGACAUCAAUGUGCUGCUCGUUGGGGAUCCGGGGUGUGCCAAGUCCCAAUUCUUGAAGUUUGUGGAAAAAACAGCAAAUCGCGCCGUAUUCACGACAGGGAGAGGUUCAACGGCAGUGGGUCUAACAGCUUCUGUUCACAAGGACAGUGUUACCGGAGAUUUCGUUCUGGAAGGGGGGGCUCUUGUUAUAGCAGAUCGCGGCAGCUGCCUUAUUGAUGAGUUUGACAAGAUGUCGGACCAGGACCGCACUUCCAUUCACGAGGCAAUGGAACAGCAAACAAUAUCGGUUGCUCGUGGAGGUAUCGUUACUACACUCUCAGCGCGGUGCAGCAUUCUUGCAGCAGCAAAUCCGAUCGGUGGAAGGUACGACCCUUCCCUGUCGUUUGACGCGAAUGUAAACCUCACAACACCGAUUUUAUCACGUUUUGACCUCCUGUUUGUUGUACGGGAUGAAGUCAAUGUGGAACUCGACGAGAAGUUAGCCACAUUCAUAUGUCACUCGCAUAUUCGUAAUCAUCCACGGUCGCAGGACGAGAACAAACGCGCCGAGCGGGAACUCCACGACCGCCUCUCAAAGCUGCGCCACGCUUUGGAGAACGCCCCCACUGAGGAGGAGCGUCGUGCCAUUGAAAUGCAGCUGCAAGCCCUGCGCCACACUGUCCUUGACAAGUCUCUGCAGGAGGAUGAGGACCCAUCCAGCGAUAAGCCUUUGCCACAGCAGCUGCUGCGGAAGUACAUCUUGUACGCCAAGGCGCACUGUCACCCGCGUGUCUCAAACAUUGACGCGAAUACGAUUGCGCGUUUAUACACUGAACUUCGACAGGAGUCCAAGCACGGCGGCCUCGCCAUCACCGUCCGUCACAUGGAGUCAGUGAUACGUCUCUCAGAGGCACAUGCGCGGCUCCACCUACGUGACUUUGUCCGCGACGAGGACGUCAGCGCCGCCAUCUCGCUCUUCUUACGUUGCUUCAUCCAAACGCAGAAGUACAGCCUGCGUAGCGCAAUGGAGAACCGCUUUCGGAAGUACUUCGACUCGGACACGGAGCCGCUCCCACUCAUUCAGCACCACAUCAAGGUGGCAGUGCAGUCCAUUCGCACCUUUGAGCGGCAGAUGUCGGGUGGGGUGGAACCGACUAAGGUGCGCAUCGACGUUUCGCAGCUGGAGCACUGCACGACGAGCGUGUCGAAGGAGUCCCUCAACGCCUUCUUUGAGUCCGAGGAAUUUAGGAGGGAGUACACGUUAGUCCGAGACCCCGUGACAGGGGUGGCACUUCAAAUAGAACACUCUUUGGUUUGA